AUGCAGCCUAGUGAAAUAGACUGGAAUGAUGUUAGAAAACACAAAUAUGGUCAUCUGUUGGAGUCUGCAUCCCAAUAUCAAGAAGCUACUGACAUCCUGGAGUUAGGUCAUUUUACCUGGGACAAAUACCUAAAAGAAACAUGUUCAGUCCCAGCGCCUGUCCAUUGCUUCAAGCAGUCCUACACACCUCCAAGCAACGAGUUCAAGAUCAGCAUGAAAUUAGAGGCACAGGAUCCCAGGAAUACCACAUCUACCUGUAUUGCUACAGUAGUGGGACUAACAGGAGCUCGCCUCCGCCUUCGCCUUGAUGGCAGCGACAACAAGAAUGACUUCUGGCGGCUGGUUGACUCAACUGAAAUCCAGCCUAUUGGGAACUGUGAGAAGAAUGGGGGUAUGCUGCAGCCCCCUCUGGGAUUUCGGUUGAAUGCCUCCUCUUGGCCCAUGUUCCUUUUGAAGACACUAAAUGGAGCUGAAAUGGCUCCCAUCAGGAUUUUCCACAAGGAACCACCAUCGCCUUCCCACAACUUCUUCAAAAUGGGAAUGAAGCUAGAAGCUGUGGACAGGAAGAACCCUCAUUUCAUUUGCCCAGCCACUAUAGGGGAGGUGCGGGGCUCAGAGGUGCUUGUCACUUUUGAUGGGUGGCGAGGGGCCUUUGACUACUGGUGCCGCUUCGACUCCCGGGACAUCUUCCCUGUAGGCUGGUGUUCCUUGACUGGAGACAACCUACAGCCUCCUGGCACUAAAGUUGUGAUUCCAAAGAGUCCCUAUCCUGCAUCUGAUGUGAACACUGAGAAGCCCAGCAUCCACAGCAGCACCAAAACUGACUUGGAUCAUCAGCCAGGGCAGAGGGGGCGUAAAUCAGGAAAGAAGCGGGGCCGGACACCCAAGCCCCUAAUUCCCCAUCCCAUCGCUACCCCAUCCAAGGCAGCUGAACCAUUGAAAUUCCCAAAGAAGAGGGGUCCCAAACCUGGCAGUAAGAGAAAACCUCGGACUUUGCUGAAUCCACCACCCAUCUCACCAACAACCAGCACCCCUGAACCGGACACCAGCACUGUACCCCAAGAUGCUGCAACCAUCCCCAGCUCAGCCAUGCAGGCCCCCACAGUUUGUAUUUACUUAAACAAGAACGGCAGCACAGGCCCCCACUUAGAUAAGAAGAAGGUCCAGCAGCUCCCUGACCAUUUUGGGCCAGCCCGUGCCUCUGUGGUGUUGCAGCAGGCUGUCCAGGCUUGCAUUGACUGUGCUUAUCACCAGAAAACUGUCUUCAGCUUCCUCAAGCAGGGCCACGGUGGUGAGAUUAUCUCAGCCGUGUUUGAUCGAGAACAGCACACCCUCAACCUCCCAGCAGUCAACAGCAUCACCUACGUUCUCCGCUUCCUGGAGAAACUCUGCCACAACCUUCGCAGUGACAAUCUGUUUGGCAACCAGCCUUUUACACAGACUCACUUGUCACUCACCAACACAGAGUACAGCCACAGCCACGACAGGUACCUACCAGGUGAAACCUUUGUACUAGGAAAUAGUCUGACCCGGUCCUUGGAGCCACACUCAGACUCAAUGGACUCCACCUUGAAACCCACCAACCUUGUCAGCACUUCCCAAAAUCUUCGAACCUCUGGGUACCGGCCUUUGCUUCCAUCCUGUGGCCUCUCACUGAGUGCUGCCUCAGCUAUGCGUAGACUGUGCGCCAGGGGAGUGUUAAAAGGAUCUGAUGGAAGCAGGGAUAUGGGAUCGUUUUGGAAACUAACUCAUUCCCCAGGAUCGGACCGAUACCUGGAAAGCCGGGAUGCCUCUCGAAUGAGUGCCCGGGACCCAUCCUCAUGGACAGUCGAGGAUGUGAUGCAGUUUGUUCGGGAAGCUGAUCCUCAGCUUGGGCCCCACGCUGACCUUUUUCGUAAACACGAGAUCGACGGCAAGGCCCUGCUCCUGCUGCGCAGCGACGUGAUGAUGAAGUACAUGGGGCUGAAGCUGGGGCCCGCGCUCAAGCUCUCCUACCACAUUGACCGGCUGAAGCAGGGCAAGUUCUGA